GCGGCGUGAGAGAGAGGGCGGAGACUCUUGGUUUGCCCUGCUCGCGCGACCAUAGGACUAUGCCCAAUAGAAGACUUGCAGAAGAUUUACUGCGUGAUGCAGAAUGCAGCAAAGUAGUUGCCGGAGCCGAGUCACAACUUCGAGAUGAUAGAGAAAUCUGGAUCAUUCGUGUACCACGCGAUGUGAGUUUUCAUUUCCUGCUCAAUGCCACUAGCCAAAAGUAGGUAGAUCGGAACAGCAUGUGAGCGCUGGCAGAAGAGAAACGCUAGUAUAAUGCGAGUUAUUUCCAUGUAUUACCCAGUGUCCAAAGUUAUCCCCAUUACCUUGCUAUGCAUGAUAUGAUUGUCCUAUGUGCAUACAUACUGGUCAGGCAGAAGCCAUGGUUCCUUGCUGGGUAUGUAUAAAAUAGUUCGACUUGCCAGAAAUUUAUUGUGAAACAGAGAAGUCCGAGCAAAUAUCCAUUUUAGUAUAGCCCCUCAUAGGGUAGCUGGUGCUAAUAAUUUGACCUCAGAUUGAUGUUGCAUCACUACAUGGAGCUACAGUUGCUAUGGACAGAAUUGAGCAGACCUUGCCAGGUGACAAAAAGUACCAACUAGCCAUCUCUCAAGCACCCAUAUUGUCAUCAAGUGUCGUGAUCCCGACAUCAAAUGCAGGAGAAUUAGAGUAUGGCCCUAGUAUAUGUGGAGAACUGCAAUUAAAGCAAGGGGUGGAGAUUGGAAAAGUGGAGGUCCCCCAGGCAGUGGCUGGCUCUGAGAAAGGUCCCAUUCCCAGCUGGUCUGAAACAGAGAUGGAAACCUUUUGGAUGGAAAACUCCUUAUCUCCGACCAAAAGGGAAUAGGAAGAGAACCAAACUCAAGAAGACAAAGAUGAAGGAUGGUAGUAACUGACACUCUCAAUGUCUUCCAAAGUAUUCUGUCAUAAAUAUUAUUCAUUCGACAUCUAAUUUGGAAUGCCCAU